AUGGAUGAAGCAUUCGCCAUUAAGAACAACAUAAAGCUCAUUCCGUCAGCUGACACACAUGUCAUUGUGGAGAAUGAGGUUGAGGAGACCUAUCCGGAUUUGUCCAAGUAUGAGGAGGAGCAGGAGGCCAUAGCUGAGCUGCAGCGUGCUAUGUCCAAGGCUAACAGCGAGGUGGCUCAGUGGAGAACCAUGUAUGAAACUGAUGCCAUUCAGCGCACUGAGGAGCUCGAGGAGGCCAAGAAAAAGCUUGCCCAGCGUCUUCAGGAUGCGGAAGAGUCCAUCGAGGCCGUGAAUGUGAAAUGUGCUUCUCUGGAAAAGACCAAACAGAGGCUACAGGGUGAAGUGGAGGUCUUUAUGAUUGACGUGGAGAGAGCUAAUGCUCUGGCUGCAAACCUGGACAAGAAGCAGACAAACUUUGACAAGGUUCUUGCAGAGUGGAAGCAGAAUUAUGAAGAGAGUCAGGUCGAGCUGGAAGGAGCUCUGAAGGAGGCUCGUGCUUUGAACACAGAGAUGUUCAAAAUGAAAAACUCCUAUGAAGAAGCUCUGGGCCACCUGGAGACCCUGAAGAGGGAGAACAAGAACCUGCAACAGGAAAUAAGUGAUUUGACUGAGCAUAUUAGUGAAACAGGAAAGACAAUUCAUGAACUGGAGAAGGGUAAGAAAACUGCAGAGAAUGAGGUCAUUAGCAGGAACGAUGCCCUAAGGUGCUAA